CAACACACAGUUAACUGUCAUUCGUAUCACCAAGUUCUUUCCACUAUAUUUGUUCUUAUAUUUUGCUAAGAUGUGGUACGAAAUUCUGCCCAGUGCUUUCAUUAUCACGGCUGCCCUGGGUUUACCAGGUUGGGGUCUUUAUCACAUUCACAAUUUAUCACUUGGCAACCACUACCGGAGGUCACUAGAUGACAGAUGGAACCGUCAUCUUUACCAGAGAGACCUUAGACUUACUGGAAACCCUUACAAUGUCUAUGGGUUAGAAAAAAUUCCAGACAAUUAAACAUGAAGAUCAUCAGAGUAGAGCUAUUUAAAUUAUGUAAUAGAUAUUUUUGUUGUUAAUAAAUUUUCUUCAAGCUUA